UGUAUACCUACAGACUCGGGAGGGGCACUUACUUCUACACAUACUGUGCAUAGCGAUGUUGUUUACUCUGUGUAUGUACGUGUGUGCCGCUCCGGACGGGGAAAUCUGUUCUAUUAGCCUUUGAUGUGCUUCAAAUAUAUACUUAACGUUCAGCACUAGAAUCGGUCAGACAUAUUCUGUAAGUUCGUGUUACAUUUGUGAUGGGUUUUUUAUUCUACGUCUCGGCAGUUCCGAGAAUUUAUACAUAGUAGUGAUGUUAGUCUGUUGAUGGUGCUUACGGUCUGGUAUCGAGCAGGUCUCUCGUGCGCGCGGAUCGAAGCCUCGUAUCGAUCUUUGGCCUCCCGGUGUCACACAAUAUACCCCAGCGCUUGCUGUUGUCAGCGCUCGACAUUAAUAUUCAUGAAAAUCGCUUUUCAGUUACGGAAAAGGGUGAUUACAAAAGAACUGAACAACAGAGGCGCAGUAACUACAGCCGCUGAAGCAGUUAGAAGAGGUGUGUUGUGAUCAUGAGCCCCGUUGUCAGUGAUGAACCGGUGUUGCUUUCCACACGGGUGCUUGUUCGGGAAAGCGUGAAGCUCGGGGAAUAACCAACUAGGCAUGUGGAGUCAACGAAGGCCGUAUUCACUAUUUACAUGCAAAUAGACCUCCUGCAGGUGUCACAGGCAUAUCGUGUAUUUGGAUGUACGCUAUAGCAACGACAUUUGGAACAGAACGGCACCGCUGCCAAGAUGAAGGAUCACGAGAUAGCACCACGCGAUGAACGGCGUUGACAGUCUUCUAGUUGUUAACAGAAAUCUCGGCCAACUAUUCCACUGUUGUCGUGAGGCAACCACUCUCCCGGAAUAUUGUGUUUAAGAUAAUAUUUAUUGUGUUGAUUUAUAAGUAUGUCUAUGUGUGUUAUGAGUGAUUUGGAUUAAGCUUGACCAUCGCAAUGUCUGCAAACAACACUACGCUUGCUGGUCCCCAGUGUUUGGACGAACGACGCUGGUACACUUUUCUAGCGUCCAGUCUCGUCACGUUCGGUUUCGGUUUAUACAUCAUUGUAUGCUAUAGAGUAUUGUUGUUCUUUUUCUGUCGAGGACGGAAAAAUGGCGGUGCUGCUAAAGUUUCAAAUCACACUGGGCCGGUUCCGGUCCCCGGGGCGAAGAACGUGCCAGGUUUUAUGAAAACCCCCGACCCUGAAAUUGGAUGGAUGACGGAAGCGAAAGACUGGGCUGGGGAGCUGAUCUCGGGGCAAACGACGACAGGGCGAAUACUAGUUGGCCUGGUGUUCAUGCUAAGCAUAGCUUCCUUGAUCAUCUACUUCAUUGAUGCAUCCGAGGAGGAAGUAGAAACCUGCGAACCCUGGGCAAAAAGUCCGCGGCAGCAAGUUGACCUCGCCUUCAACGUGUUUUUCCUCAUCUAUUUCUUUAUAAGGUUUGUGGCAGCCAACGACAAGUUAUGGUUCUGGUUGGAGCUGUUCUCCUUUGUGGACUACUUCACUAUUCCCCCUUCCUUUGUGGCCAUCUACCUGGACCGAAGCUGGCUAGGGUUGAGAUUUUUGAGAGCUCUGCGGCUGAUGUCAAUACCGGACAUACUUACCUACCUAAACAUAUUGACUACUAGUACGAGGAUUCGACUGUCACAACUCGUCGCCAUCUUUUUAAGCGUUUGGCUGGCAUCUGCUGGUUUCCUACAUCUGAUUGAAAAUUCCGGAGAUCCACCGGAUUUUGGCAACCCACAAAAAUUAACUUAUUGGGAAUGUCUUUACUUUUUGCUGGUUACCAUGUCAACAGUGGGAUAUGGAGACAUAUAUGCCACAACGACCCUCGGCAGGAUUUUCAUCGUCCUGUACAUCAUGAUCAGUAUCGGUAUGUUUGCCAGCUUCAUACCUGAAAUAGCCGACAUCAUCAGCCAGCAACAGAAGUAUGGCGGAGCGUACAAAAAGGAACGAGGAAAAAAACACAUUGUGGUGUGCGGCCAUAUCACGUUUGACUCAGUGUCAAGCUUCCUCAAAGACUUCCUUCACAAAGACAGAGAGGAUGUUGACGUAGAGAUCAUCUUCAUCCACAAGAGCCUGCCAGACCUGGAGUUAGAGGGAUUAUUCAAACGCCAUUUCACGCAAGUCGAGUUUUUCCAGGGAACAGUGAUGGACGCUAACGACCUUGAUCGAGUGAAGGUUGUGUCGGCCGACGCCUGUCUUGUACUCGCCAAUAAGUACUGUCAGGACCCAGAUCAGGAGGACGCGGCUAACAUCAUGCGCGUAAUUUCAAUCAAAAAUUUCCACGCAGAAAUCAAAGUCAUUGUACAGCUCAUGCAGUACCACAACAAGGCAUACCUACUGAACAUCCCAAGCUGGGACUGGAAACGCGGGGACGAUGCUGUGUGUAUCGCAGAACUGAAGCUUGGAUUUAUUGCCCAAAGCUGUCUGGCUCCAGGUUUCUCCACCUUGAUGGCUAACCUCUUUACCAUGAGGUCGUAUAAAACAUCACCUGACAUGUCUAAGUGGCAAAAUGAUUACAUGCGAGGGACGGCAAUGGAAAUGUACACAGAAUACCUGUCAGGUUCAUUUAAUGGGAUGACCUUUCCAGAGGCUGCAGAGUUAUGUUUCUCCAAACUGAAGCUGCUUCUACUGGCCAUUGAGGUUCGACAGGAAGAAGGAAGAGAGAGCACUCUUGCAAUAAAUCCUGGUCAGAAAAUAAAAAUAGAAAAUGCCACUCAAGGUUUUUUCAUCGCAGAGUCAGCAGAGGAGGUUAAAAGGGCUUUUUACUUCUGUAAAACAUGUCACAGUACCACAACGGAUGUGAGGGCGAUCAAGAAGUGUCGCUGCAAACCAUUGGCAAUGUUUAAAAAAGGAGCUACAGCUGUCAUAGGUUAUAGCAUCACCAAAUUAAUUGCGAGUGCGGUAAUAGAAAACACAGGGGCGAUGGAAGGUACACCUGAAUUCGAGCCCGCUAAUCCAAUGCUUACUCAGAAAGACCGAAAAAUGUCAAAUACAUUCAAGAACAAACUCGGUGAGGGAGGAGGCUCGGCUGCAGGGGGAGGUGUUGGAGGCGGUGGUGGUGCCGCAUCCGUUGCUGCUGGAGGAGAGAAGCAAUCUACAAAAAGCACCUCCUUAAAAGGGCCGAGACUUGCUAUGGCUUUAGCGACACUCUGGUCAAAGACAAAAGAGCCUCAAAGCCCCAGUAAAGCUACACUACCACCUCUGGAAAGUGGCAAAGAAUCUAUCUGGCCGAAGGAUGCUGGUCCCAGCGAGGAACCACGCAAGUUUGACUCCACUGGCAUGUUCCAUUGGUGUCAAGCUCGACCUCUGGAAGAUGCCUUAAUGGACCGAGAUAAAGCUUCAGUGACAGUGCUGUGUAAUCAUGUGGUGGUUUGCUUGUUUGCGGACGCAAAUUCCCCGCUGAUUGGUAUGAGGAACCUAGUGAUGCCUCUGCGAGCCAGUAACUUCCACUAUGCAGAACUCAAGCACGUUGUGAUCGUAGGUAAUUUAGACUACCUACGGAGGGAAUGGAAAACACUACAGAAUUUUCCCAAGUUGACCGUUCUGCCCGGGUCUCCUUUAAACCGUGCCAAUUUGAGGGCAGUGAAUGUUAACCUCUGUGAUAUGUGUGUGAUCGUCUCGGCCAAAGACAAGAACCUUGACGACCCUCACCUUGUGGACAAAGAGGCUAUUCUGUGUUCACUAAACAUCAAAGCCAUGACCUUUGAUGACAGUAUAGGACUGCUUCAGGCCUCAGCCCAGCCUGGUGCAGGUUUUCUUCCUCCUGGUUUCUCACCGAUGGGCAGUCCAGCAAAGCUGGCUCGACGAGGAUCUGUUUGUGGUUCCAACGUCCCUCUCAUCACUGAACUGGCGAAUGACUCCAACGUUCAGUUCCUCGAUCAGGAUGACGAGGAUGACCCCGACACAGAAUUAUACAUGACGCAACCUUUCGCCUGUGGCACGGCGUUUGCUGUCAGUGUGCUCGACUCCCUAAUGAGUACGAGUUACUUCAAUGAUAAUGCCCUGACUCUGAUCCGGACGCUCAUCACGGGCGGAGCGACUCCGGAACUGGAACAGAUCCUAGCGGAAGGGGCAGGAAUGAGGGGAGGUUACUGUACUCCAAAUGUCCUGUCCAAUCGCGACCGAUGUCGGGUCGCCCAGGUGUCGCUGUUUGACGGACCUCUAGCUAAAUACGGAGAUGAUGGUCACUAUGGAGACCUGUUCGUGAAUGCAUUACGGCGUCAUGGGAUACUCUGCAUCGGUUUAUAUCGAUUCCGGGACACAAGCGACUCCCAUUCUAGCCCCUCAUCAAAGCGAUAUGUGAUCACAAAUCCUGCUGAGGACUUCGCCCUCCUCUCAACAGAUCAGGUUUUUUGUCUUGUGCCAUGCAAUCUCUCACAAAGUUCCAAUACCUCUUCAAGUCGGAAUGAGAAAAGCAUUUUGCCUAAUGCCUUUCAAUCAAUCGGAUCCCGGAAAAAUACGAAGGCCGACAUCAAGCAAGAGUCGUGUACAUAGCAACGAGGUGGAGCAGCUUCAGUAGGUCAUUAAAGGCACCAUACGGAGCUGCUUAGGGUCAAAGAGUGCAGCGAUUAGCAGUCACAACAUCACAAAUAAUGAGCUGAACAGAGUAACGUUUGGAAGAAUGUUGACUGUUGAAGAAAGAUAUAUAUUCAUGAAAAAAUCAUAAGUCAGCUAAUUGAGGUUGAAAAAAUGAUUUUGUUUUAAUGUACCAAAGAAAAGAUUGUUCAACCCAUCGACUUGUUGACAGCGUACGCAUUUCACUUCUUAAUACUCAGUCGCAAUCCUUCGGUUUUAAACGUUCUGUAUGAUUAUGAUAAGGUUGAACUGCUUUGUUCUUUAUCAUGAAGUGCAAUAUGUAAUUUUUCAUGUUAGAAGUGGAACAUUGAUUUUAAAAACUCUAUGGUCAAUUGAGAUUGUUUGAUAUACCGUUACCCUAUCUUAGAAAUAAUAUAACAUGAAAAACAUCACCGAUCCGGAAACUUUGUUUUACGAAUUACACAUUCGCUAUAUUCCAUAUGUAAUAUUGCUUGGUAGACCUAUUGUGUACAAACGUGUCAAAAAGAAAGCAAUUCAUGAAACUAUUAAGCUAUUUUUACGACACGACAAGUUUUUGACAAGUUUUUUUUUUAAAAAGCAGAAGAAUGAAAAAAACAUAUUAUGGGAGUUUAAAUGUAAAUGAUAUUAAAAAUACAUGUAUAGAAAAUGAGAUUAUUUAAACAACACACAUUUUCCAGUAUUCAAUUUUUCCCAAUGGAAAAAUUUGGUUUAACAGGAAGAUUUUUCAUGAAACAUUGAUAUGUUUUAGUACAAAAGAUGAAAUAAAAAAAAUUGUCUCAGAGGUUUUUUUUAUCACUUUGUUGAUAUGCAAUAAUAUUUGUUAAGAUUGGUAAAUAUGAAUAUUUAGGUAUUACAUUUUUCUUUAAAGAUAGCUGCAUAAUUUUCAAGAAUUUUUUAAAUAUUAAAGAUAGAAUGUUUGAUAUUUCUGUGAUACCAAUAAGUGCUAAAUGUAAAAUCGAAUCCGUAUAUAUCUAAUCAAAACAUUACUCCAUAUGUUUUUGAUAAAUCUGGAUUUCAUCAUAUAUCAUAAUGAUGAUAAUGAUAAUAAUGAUAUAUGAUUUUUUUUGCAAGAUCAGUUUGCGAUGAUAUGUUGUUGUUUUUUUACAAUUUUACUGAACAUCAAGAAAGGAAAUCGCAAAUCAAGUUAAACUUGCUUUACUGUUUCAAAAUCCGCUCUGUUAGGUGUGGUCGGACGGCUGUGUUAAAUCCGUAUUUCUCUACAAAAAGUGUUUCCUCUCCUCUUUAAUAUAUUUAUUUUUUAUUCUUUUAUGUGUUUUUUUUUAUUUAACUAAGCCACAUUAAUAAACGCAAUAGCAAAGAAACUAUCGGCUCUAUUUUCAGCAGUUAGAAAACGCCCUUCAUAUUACACAAGGUGUUAUUUUUUGUUAUGCUUGAGGAGAGUUACUGAUGUUUAAUUACAAAACCACGUGGUAACUAUAACAGUGUUAUGAUGAGAUUUUAGGUAGUGCGUUGAAUAUUCUUUCUCUAUACACUUGUUAAUAAGCUGAUAUUUCAUACUGUAUAGCACGCUGGACUGUGUUAUUUAUUUUGUCAAAUAUUUUGCUUGGCAUUUUCACAUUGACUCAUUGUUUAUUUGUUGAUGUGUUUCGAAUGUAUUAUGGGCGUGUUCAUACCAUCCAAUGAGAACUCAGAUGAUAAACUUAGAUUGUGACAACGUAGUGGAUUGGCUCUCCCAAGUCAAAGGUCAUAUGCAAAUGUUGUUUUUUAUUAUGUAUAUCUAUUUCCUGACUAGAAAAACAAACAAAAUGUGUACUAUUUUCAAUGUGUGAUAAUGAAACAUAUUUAUAUUCAGUACAGUGUUAAGUUUCACCUGGGUAAAAGGGUGUUGUUCCUAGGGCAAUUUAUUAAUUUCAUGAAUUUUCCGUUAUCAGAAUCUACGAAACAAAAUUGACUUCUGAAAUAGUAUUUGAUCCAUUUGGGAACCAAUUAAGAAUUAAGUUAAACAAAAACUUAUUUUACAUGUAACAUGAUCAUUCUAUUUUCCUUGCAUUAUGUUUUGGCAUGAACCAGAAUGUGCAGUUAACUCGUAUGCUUAUUUUUCGGAGGAGUUUGGUUGACUUAUAGCCUGUAUUGUACAAAUAUUACACAGAUAUUUGAUGGGAAUAUUGUACAUACAUCCUAGACACUGAUGUGCAAAACUCCGCCGGCUAAAUGGUCAAAAUGUUUUCGUAUCAUUCCUUAAAUAUCUACGACUUUGCUCAUGGUAAUCAAUAUCAAAUUGUAACCAAUUCGAUUCACUUUUACAAGUGUUUGAGGAAGUAUCCCUGUGUUUGAUCCAUGUUUCUACUUGGUACCGAUCUUUACCAAUUUUUUCUACCUAAAAUUUAAAAUAAGUUCGCAAAUAGCACAACUUGGCCACUGCUAUUUGAAUUUCUGUCGUUUUUAAACAAAUAUAUUUUGCUUUUAAUCAUCUGCAUCGAAUAUUUGUAGUUUGUUCUCAUCCGUAUAAACAAUUCCCUAAGUAUCAACGCAACAUACCUAGCUGCGCAAAUGGUUAGCAUCAUACAGGGAAGUAAACUUGCGAGAGACCGGCGUUAUGCGCCGACUCUAUUGUACUAUCUUUAAGCAGUUGAAGUUCUAUACAACACCGAUCAUAACCUUGAAUAAUUGUAUUGUGAUGAUAUCUGUGAUAUUUUUGCCCCAUGGUUUACAUUUAUUUUUCUAAAAUAAAAUGUUGUGUUACGAUAGAGAAUACGUCUUAAUAUAUUAAUAUUGUACAAAAUUGUUGACUUCCUGUUUGUAACAUGUUAGGAGUUUUUUAAUCUGGAUAAUUUUUACGUUGUAUCGAGAGCUUGUCGAUAUGGAAUUAUUGAGUAGACAUUCUAUGUUUUUCAAUAUACUAGAUAUUAUAUACUAAAAAUACUACAGUCUUGUAACUAUCGCCUACAUUCCCAUCCUGAAUAUAGAUAUAAUUAAAAUAUGUAGAAAAUCUGUAAACACCGUCGGAUGUCUUCGGGAAUUUCCGGAAGAGACGGAGAACUUUUCUAUGCUUGCCGGAAAGGCCCGAAUAUGUCCGAUUGUAUACAAUUUAUGUUAAAGAAUAGACUUAAAACUACUGUAUACAUAGUAAUACUUGCGACAAAAUUAUUUCCCAUGUUUUUGCGGUACGACAGUAACUCAAAAAUCUAGAAAAUUGCAAAUUCAACCGGUUAGUUCGAGAGAGUAAUACUGCGAGAAUUUUAACGCUUAAUACUGUACAUUGAAAGUUUAAAUAAUUUUGUUUUUGUAUUUAGAAAUGAUUUACUUUACUUACCGCUUGCAGAUUGACGUCAGCUUAACUACCCUGUAGUAUGUGUCUUGCUUAUCCAAUCGGUAAUCGUUUUAUAGGUGUGUUUUCCUUUAUGGUUGAUAAGUAAUAAAAAAAUGUCAUAGAAUUUGAUGUUAAUUUAUUGUUAUUUAAAAUCCCAAACGGUUCAUUUGCAGUUUUGAUAAAUGUGAUUUUUUUUUAUGCAUGUAAAAUAAAUUUCGCUCAUUUUACCAUCACUGGUGUAUUUGCUUAACUUCAGUAUAUCAUUUUCAUGUUAUCGUGAUUUUUUAAAUAUAUGUUUUUAGUUAGGGAAAUACGAAGAUGCGACCUUAUCUAUAUAACCACAGACUAUACAUAAUUACAAUUUUCCAGCGCGUUCUGUAUACAUUGUAUAUGUAAACGCCCGAGAACAUUUAGUCAUGAUUGAAUCAUUGUGUCAAAUGCAUACUCCAGGAAAAAUGUUCACAAAAAUUAUAGGAUAUACAGUAUCUGAUAUCAUUGAUGAGCAAAAACAUCAAAUUAUGUGUUUUAUGUCCUUCGCAACUUUGUAUGACGUACACUGAUGUUUUUUAACGAUUGAUUAAUUACUCGGUUCAUCUAGUCAAUUUCCUGUACAAAAACAAACUAACCAUGGUACAAAAUUUUUUUUUUGUUCAAUCUGUUUCUCAAAUUUAAAAGGGGAGGUAACUGACAUUACAGAAGGGAGGGAGGUAACUAUUUUGAAUUUUAGUGACAUUUUCUUUGCAAACGUAACUGAUUAUCUUGAUAUUUUUUUGUAAGUGGAUAAGUUCAAUUAUAACUGUGUUGUAUUUUUGAUAGCAAACCUGUAGUAUAUUUUUGCAAACGUUUUUAUAAGUUCUGGUUUUGAAGUUAUUUGUCUGAUUUCCGCGUCUUUUUCCGAGAAAUGUUCGGGAUUUAGUUUGGGUAGUUAUAAAACCGGCGAUGGCGAAGAAAUUCAAUUUUGUUCUGUAAGGAUAUCAGUUAUAAACACUGACUGUUGUAAUUUUUUAUAUUAUAUUUGAAAUUCACAAGCUAUGUGUAACCGUGCGUAUUUCUGAAAUAAAUGAUACUUUUAUACUUA